CUAAAUAAGCAAUAACACUUGCUAACUAUAGUCCUUGUUAAUUAGAUUACUUAUAUAGCUUUAAAUCUCCACCAUGGGUUAUGCUGCCUUCUUUGCUGUUUCAAUGAUUUUGGUUUCCUCAGUUGCUAUGGCUACUGAUCAUAUUGUGGGUGAUGAUGAUGGCUGGACUCUUGACUUUGACUACACUCAGUGGGCUCAGGACAGAGUUUUCCGUGUUGGCGACAAUCUUGUGUUCAUUUAUGACAAUAUCUCACACAAUGUUUUCAAAGUGAAUGGGACGAUGUUUAAGGACUGCACCAACCCACCAGCAAAUGAAGCACUUUCCUCCGGACAUGACAUCAUUCCACUCAAAACUGGAGGGAGGAAAUGGUACAUUUGUGGCGUGGAUGAUCACUGCGCUCGUGAAAUGAAGCUUGUCAUUAAUGUUCAAGGGGAAGGUUCACCAUCUCCUGCUCCUUCUCCUGCUCACGGAUAACACCACAACCAUCUUUGUGUUAGAGACAAUGGCACUUAAUUUUCAGCUUUGUUUUUGUUUUAUAGAUAUGAAUUUGCAUGGACCUAUUGGCGGGAGAUUGCAAUAGUUGUUUGAGUUUGUUCAAUGAAUAAUGAUGAAUUGUUUUA